AAAAAAAAUUAUUACCCUACAUUAGUUAUGCAAGGUAGGUUUCAUUGUGACAUUUCCACACAUGUAUAAAUGUAUCCCAAUCAACCUCACAGCCUCUAUUACUCUCCUUAUUCCCUUCUGCUCUUGAUCCCUAAGCUAUGGUCAGUGCUUGGCAUGAAGUAAAUGGUUGUUGUUAUUGUCCUGAUUGCUUGUUUGUCACCCAGAGUUGAGGGUUCUGUCAUCACUUCUGCAGCUGGCUGAAGAUCACCAGGAGCAGUGACUAUUUUUGGAAGGGCCUCAUCACCAAUGACAGAUAGAGACCAACAGUUGCACCUCAUUUGCUUCAGCUGGUUCAUUUUUGGAAAUCAAGAGUGGGAGUGAUUUUUAGUUUCUUAGAGGGCAAGACUUUGUAAGCAGAUGCUGUUGACAUGAAAGAGGAAAGAGCUAGGAUACAAGAACUCUUCUGAUAUCAAUGCUUUUUGAUCAUCCUGAGAAAAAUGAGCCUUGGCCUCCAGACCAAGCAAAACGAAUAUCCCUCCCAUGGAGAAUAGUGCUAGUUCCUGAAGACCUAGAAGAUUUACAGCCCUAAAGAGAUUAGCUAGAAGCAGGCUUGUUUUCCUGCUCAGAUUCUGGAAUACAUCUUUCAUUAUGAUCCACACCAACUUGAAGAAAAAAUUUAGUUAUUGUGUCCUGGCCUUUCUUUUGUUUGCAGUCAUUUGUGUGUGGAAGGAAAGGAAGAAAGGGAGUUAUUAUGAUUCCCUUAAGUUGCAAGCCAAGGAAUUACAGGUGUUGAGGAACUUUGAGAAACUGGCUAUGGGGUCUGGUCCCCAGUCUGUCUCCUCAAAUGGCACUCAGGACCCCCACAAGGGAAACCAGGCCUUCAGCAGUGCAAGAGUCCCAGCCAAGGCCAAGCCACAGGCCUCCUACCAGGUGUGGAACAAGGACAGCUCAUCCAAAAACCUUAUCCCCAGGCUGCAAAAGAUCUGGAAGAACUACCUGACUAUGAACAAGUACAAAGUGUCCUACAAGGGGCCAGGGCCAGGUGUCAAGUUCAGUGCAGAGGCCCUGCGCUGCCAUCUUCGGGACCAUGUGAACGUAUCCAUGGUAGAGUCUACAGAUUUUCCCUUCAAUACCUCUGAAUGGAAGGGUUUCCUGCCCAAGGAGAACAUUCGGACCAAGGCUGGGCCAUGGAGCAGGUGUGCUGUUGUCUCAUCAGCAGGAUCCCUGAAGUCCUCCCAACUGGGCCGAGAGAUAGAUGAUCACGAUGCAGUUAUGAGGUUUAAUGGGGCACCCACAGCCAACUUCCAACAAGAUGUGGGCACGAAAACAACCAUUCGCCUGAUGAACUCCCAGUUGGUCACCACAGAUAGGCGCUUCCUCAAGGAUGGUUUGUACAAUGAAGGAAUCUUAAUUGUGUGGGACCCAUCUGUGUACCACUCAGAUAUCCCAAAGUGGUACCAGAAUCCUGACUACAAUUUCUUUAACAACUAUAAGAGCUACCGCAAGCUGCACCCCAGCCAGCCCUUCUACAUCCUCAAGCCCCAGAUGCCUUGGGAGCUGUGGGACAUCCUUCAGGAAAUCUCCCCUGAAGAGAUUCAGCCAAACCCCCCAUCCUCCGGCAUGCUUGGUAUCAUUGUCAUGUUGACGCUCUGUGACCAGGUGGACAUUUAUGAGUUCCUCCCAUCCAAGCGCAAGACUGAUGUAUGCUACUACUACCAAAAGUACUUUGAUAGCGCCUGCACGAUGGGUGCUUACCACCCACUCCUCUUUGAGAAGAACAUGGUAAAGCACCUCAAUGAAGGCACAGAUGAAGACAUUUACCUAUUUGGAAAAGCCACAUUGUCUGGUUUUCGGAACAUUCGCUGCUGAGCGUGGGCCUCCAGCCAAGCAUGCUUAUUCUCUACCAGCAGUUCAUGGCUGGUCUGGACAGACCAUUUUCUUGAACCAUCCUUGGCUGUUCCUUGCAAAGGAUUGUUCUAGGGGCUUUUGACAACAGGAGCUCUGGGGUUUCUGGAAGCCUAAAAGCAAGGAACUAGGCCUAAGUUUCCAUGUUGCUAGCCACAAAGAGAGUGUAAGCUCAGCUUCCUGCUGCACACAUGGACACACACACACACACACACACACACACACACACGACACUCUUUCUAGACAGCAUCCUUCCCUCAUUCUGCAUAGGUAGAUGCACAUAUCCCACCAGGUCUGCCAAAACUGAGCUGCUUUGUUUCUUCUACCUGAAUGAUUUCAUUCUCACAAACCAGCACACUAUUGCUUGAAAUCUCUAUCUAGGUGUUGGUUUCACAUUUUAAAGAAAUUCUCUCAAAUCACAACUAGGCCAGGUAUGAGGUAAUUCUGGGUGGAGGUAUGGGUAGAUGUGGAGUGGGGGUGUGUGAAUAAUUACUAUAAAACACAUUAGAAGCACCCUCAAGUCCACUGGAGAAACAUUAUCCCCCAAGAUUGAAAUUGUUCCUCAAGAAAAAUUUCCCCAAGGAUAUGGUCCCAUUAUCUCCCUGGCUGAUUGGGCUAGUUAUUAGCCAGGGUGCUUAUCAACAAAAGACCUUUUUGUGUGUGUGUGUGUGUUUCAGUGCUGGGGCUUGAACCUGGGGCCAGAGCACUGUCUCUUACCUUUUUUUA